AUGUCUCACGCAUUUUACGCAGAUGCCUGGCAGAAAUCAAAAAGACGAGAUAGAAUUUGGUAUCAAAAAAACUUAAUGCCGGCAUUAUUAGCUGCUAAAGAAAGACGAGCGCGGGAAAUAGACGUGUCAAUUGCACUCGCAGAGAAACUACUACAGAUUUACGAUGAACCAGUCGCAAAACCGCAGCCUGUUCCUUCCCAUGAUGUUAUAGCAUCGGAAGAUGAUAGUCUGAUGAAACCGAUAGAGCCAGAUAUACAAAACCUUUUAUAUGGAUGCACUGAAAAAGGCGCAGCUCAACAAUAUCUUAAGGCAAGGAAUAAGAAAGCUCCCGAGGACAAAUUUUAUUUCCGUUUAACAACCGCAUGGGACUACGGCUGGCAACAGAAGCAUUCGCGUCUAAAGCCUCGUGACAUGAACCGAGGUCGCUGCGCUAUACUACGCGACACGUUCUACCGUAAAAGCAACCUCGCUCCUGACCCGCCACAUUACUCCAGUCCGGCUGGCGGGGAAUUUUCUAUAUGCAGUGAAUACUCUUGUAGCGCGAAUUAAAUUCAU